AUGGAUCAAGCUCAAGGUCAGCCCUGGGCGUUUGUCUGUGUCGGUAUAUUGUUUGGAAUCGUUAUCUUCAGGUGGAACAUCAAUCCGCUAAAUGACAUCCCCACUGCUGGGCGAUUCUCAAGUUCGACUUGGUUGUCGUAUCUCGCUGCGCUCUCCUUCAUUCGGCGCGGGAGGGAGACCCUCCAGGAGGGCUACAGACAAUAUUAUGGCUCUGCCUUCAAAGUUGCGCUACUAGAUCGAUGGAUGGUCAUUAUCUCAGGUCCAAAGAUGAUCGAAGACAUCAGGAGACGGCCGGAAGACGAAUUGUCCUUCACGGAGACUGUCCAAACGUUACUACAGUACAAGUACACCGUUGGUCGGAAGAUGCAAGAUGAUCCGUACCAUGUUGUCGUCGUGAAGGAGAAACUUCAGAACCGGCUGCUUCCAAAUGUAAUGCCAAGCUUGAUUGAAGAGGUCCCCCCAACGGUACAGAAAUAUAUGCCUGUUACGGAUCAUGAGUGGACUAGUGUUGAUGUCCUAGCAGCCGCCUUGAAAGUCGUAGCGCGCACAAGCAACCGUGUAUUUGUCGGAUCACCAUUAUGCCUGAAUGAAGAAUACAAUGAUGUCUCCGUCCAAUUUGCCGUCGAGAUCGUCAAAGCCGGAACUGUGCUUUUCCUCUUCCCUGACAUUCUCAAACCAAUUGCAGCUCCAAUCGUCAGCAAAGUGAGACGGACUACCGAGCGUGCUCUACGGCACCUCCGGCCGAUCAUCCAGGAGCGCCGGACGGCCAUGCAAGAGCUCGGCACAGAUUGGCCUGACAAACCGGAGGAUGUCUUGCAAUGGAUUAUGGACAAAGCGGUUGCCAAACAGGAGUCUGAUGCAGACAUUGUGGAGAGAUUGUUAUUGUUGAACCUAGCCGCCAUCCACACUUCCUCCAGUAGCAUCACUCACGUACUGUACCAUCUUGCCGAACAACCAGAGCUCCUCGGUCCGCUUCGGGAGGAGAUCGAAGCCAGUAUUGAAACUGAAGGAUGGACGAUGUCCUCCUUCGCCAGGAUGUGGAAGCUUGACAGCCUUCUUCGGGAGUCCCAGCGUUACAAUGGAUUUACCCUCGCCUCCAUGAUGCGAAUCGCUAUGAAAGACAUCGUGCUCGCCAACGGCAUGUUCAUUCCCAAGGGCACUCUCCUAGGCGCUGCUGCACAUCCGACGCAUUACGAUAACGGGCGUCUCCCGAACGCAGAGAUUUUCGAGCCGUUUCGCUUUGCGCGCAUGCGCGAAGCCAACGGCUCCGAGGGCUCUGCGAGACUCCAGUUUGCCAGUACCUCCUCAGAGUACAUAGCGUUUGGACAUGGCCAACUUGCUUGCCCAGGGCGGCACUUCGCCGCGAACCAACUCAAGGCGGUCCUCUCGUACAUCAUUCUUAACUACGACUUCAAACUCCCCGAAACCGAGGACUGUUGUUCUAGACCACAGAGGCCCCCGAACGUCUACGUCUCCCUGGCUGUCCUUCCUCCUAUUGGCGGGACCAUCCAGCUGAGGAAGCGCGCCGUCUGUUGA